AAAUAAAUCAUAAUAAUCUAAAUAAAAUGAAAAAAUGGAUGUAAAUAUAUAUUAGGUGGGUCUAAACAUUAGACUUUAAAAUCAGUAAGGGUAAUAGGUCCACAAAUUACACAUUAAUUGGAUUUGGGCCGAGCGUAAAAAGCGAUACCUCAACAGGCUUAAACCUCUUGGUGACGCAGAGGUUUUACACGUUGUUUUCCUUCUUGUCUGAACUGAAACUGAAACGCCUUUACGAAAAUUCUCCCUGAACCGAUAAAUCGCAGUCGUUUGUGUUAUCGGGGUAAGAACAAAUGGAUCCCGACAGGUUAAAUUCUCCAAGCACCUGUACUGUCACCAUUGAGGUUUUGGGGCACGAAUUAAACUUUGCUCAGGAUCCUAAUUCGAAGCAUUUAGGAACAACCGUGUGGGAUGCGUCCAUGGUGUUUGCCAAGUAUCUGGGGAAAAAUUGCAGGAAGGGAAGGUUUAGUCCAUCUAAACUGAAAGGGAAACGUGCUAUUGAACUAGGAGCAGGUUGUGGCGUUGCAGGAUUUGCUUUGGCAAUGCUGGGGUGUGAUGUGGUUACAACUGACCAAAAGGAGGUAUUACCACUACUAAAGAGGAAUGUAGAAUGGAAUACGUCCACAAUCUUGCAGAUGACGCCUGGUUCAGCAUCCUUUGGAUCGCUCCGAGUUGCAGAACUUGACUGGGGAAAUGAAGAUCAUAUAAGGGCUGUUGGGCCGCCCUUUGACUAUGUCAUCGGUACUGAUGUUGUAUAUUCUGAGCAGCUUCUGGAACCUCUAUUGCGUACGAUACUUGCGCUAUCAGGGCCAAAGACAACAGUUAUGUUGGGAUAUGAGAUACGUUCGACUGUUGUUCAUGAUAAAAUGCUUCAAAUGUGGAAAGACAACUUUGAAGUCAAAACCAUACCGAGGUCCAAGAUGGAUGGUGAAUACCAAGACCCGAGCAUUCAUCUGUACAUCAUGGCACAGAAAUCUCCUGCCGAGAGCUCUGGAAACGUGAGCCGAGAUGAAAUUGUUAUUGACACAGACGAAACAAAGUGUAAGACGAAAGUCCCAACUGGAGAAUGCCAGAACAGGGUGGAAGAGGAAGCUGUUGUUACACAUGGUCCUCGUCUAAAUGAAGAUAGUUUGUUGAUGAGACUACGGGACGGAAAGCUAAGUGAAUGGGAGAUGAGAAGGUAUGGUACAGUUGCUGCACAGCUUCUCCGUGACGUUAAGAUAGAUGUUAAGGUGAAAAAAUAACUUUGCAUUACCGACUUUCAGAGCCUUGUUCCUCAAGAUCCACCUCUUUGAUUUUUUUUAGUUUUGGUACCAGGGAGAAUGUAGACAAUGAAUUAAUCUUGUAGAUUUCUUUCUAUUAAAUAUUAAUGAUUUAGCUGGAGAAA